UCAAUAAUUAAGAGGUGUGCCCCAAUACCAUUGACCAUAUAGUGUUUGUAUGCAUUGCAUUUAAUGCAUAUAAUAUAACUAGGAUACCAAUGGAACAGUCAUGGGAGGGCUUAAUAAAACACAAAAUAAUGAUGACUUUAGACAGGCAAUAUGUUUUAUCUAAUAUUUGUCUAGCUAUUCAGAUUGGACUUGUGAUAUGAAUGUUUACUUGUUUAACCAGAACAUAAGCUAGUGGUUUCUUUUUGGUUCCAACAUUGUUUAUUUCAUGCAUAUUUAUUUGUAUUUAUGAUGCAGGAGACAGAGGCCGAUUCAUCUAAGCUUUGACAUUGAUGCUUUUGACCCAAUGUUGGCUCCAUCUACAGGAACCCCAGUCCUAGGAGGACUAACCUACAGAGAAGGUGUCUACAUCACUGAGGAAAUACACAACACAGGUAAGUUAAUGAUCCUUAAUUGCUCACAAAAGCGUAAGGGCAUCCUGGGAACUGACAUCAUUGUGAGGCAGUGAGUGUGGGUAUUUCAGUGGCACAUUGCACAAUAGUCCUUAUGCAGCAGUGGGAAACGUGGAAAUCGCCUUCACUCUCCUACUAUAGCAAGAAGAUGUCAUUCCCAUGUGUUUCCAGUGCACUCAAACCCUAGUUAUCUGCCAGAAUGUUGAAUAAAUAUACUCAAUGAUAUUUCUCACAACUGUGGAUCUACAACAAAAUUCACUUGUUUGCUCAUUCCUACCAGCAUUACAGAAUACUAAGGCAAAGCCUUAUAUAUUUGUUAUAAACAGACCUGCAUUGAUUAUCUCAUACAAAACCUUAGAAUGGGUAGGAACACUGCACACAAACUCCUAGAAUUACAAGAUAAAAAGGAAACCAGUCUCCUUACGUUCAACUGUUUUAAUGACCCCUAUUUGCUGUCCCUGGGCAAUCUAACUUGUAUAUGUUGUAUGCUCUUUUAUUCUUCUUAAAUAAUGAUUUAACACAUGGAAGCUAGUUGUUAAAAAUAUUUUCCAUAUGACAAUUUUAAUCACGAGUCUGCCAACAUGCUUUAAUAAGUAGAACAAAAAACCAAGUUACCUGUGCUCUAUCCCAAAUACCCAUUCACAUUUAAAUAUCUGGAGUAUUUUUUUAAUGUUGCUCCAAUGGCCAUUUAAGUAUAAGCUUUAAUAAGUACUUAUUGCCCAUUUUUUUCCAGGUAUGCUGUCAGGUAUGGAUCUUGUAGAAGUCAAUCCGUUACUAGGUGCUACCUCUGACGAAGUCAAAGCAACUGCAAAUCUUGCUGUAGAUGUGAUCGCUUCAUGUCUUGGGGAUACAAGAGACGGUGCUCACAUGAUUAUAGAUGAUCUGCCUACACCUAGUACAACGUACGAAUCAGACAAUGAAGAACAAGUGAGAAUUUAGCUUCAGUCAACGUGACACUCCUUGUUCAUUCCAGGACUCUGAUUCAGCACUGAAGGGUGGACCUAAUUUGACAGAGAAUGCUCUGUUUUGCAAUUUGUUUUUUGACCAAUGACUGUCUAUAAUGCGAACUCGAACUGCAAAUAGCAGAUUAACUUUGGACUAUCUUGUAAACUGUGGGAUAUUAGAAUGGCUGACCCUAUACCAUUUUAAACUGUAUGAAUUUUACUGUUUGGGAUUAUUUUAACCAAUGGUUGGCCUUGAUAGUCCUGUGUGCUGUGGCAUCUGAUGGCAUCUUAAAUGGAGGUAGCCACACUGUGUAAUGUUUUACCAAGUCGUGGAAGACCUAUUGUUUGCAUGACUUGAGUUGUCAUGGACUACAGAAGUGGAGGCUAAAUUGUCCUCCAGACAUUUACUUUUUUUGUAACUGGAUCCUACUAAAGUCUAUCAGGUAACUCUAUAUUUAGAGCCUGGUUUCCAUAUUAGACAUAUUGUAUAUUGGUUUAAGCGCUGAAUUUCUUAUUUGAGGGCAUAACCUAGCUAUCAUUGUCAAGUCUGCAGACUUGCUGCCAACUUUAUAGGUUUAAGUAUGGCUAGCAUGCUAUGUGAACAUUUCACAAUUUGAUAUAUUUAUAUAUAUUUGCAUAAUUAAUUUAAUAGCUAAUCAUUGCCCAACAUAAACAUGGUAUAUACCCAUCAAUGAAACACUGGCUCUACAUCUGGCAAAAAAAAAAACCAUAUGAAAUCUUAAACAUUGUGUGUAGGGUUGUGGAAAUCUUCAAACUUUAUGCUAGGUUAUGUUUAUGCAGUGUUUUUGAUUUAUUUUAUUCAUUUUAAUUUCCUAUCUUAUAUUGGGGAAGAUUUAUUUAUCAAGACAAAAACAGUUUCUAUUAUGGGGCUAAUUAAAGAGCUCACUAAGGGGCAAUCACCAUCUUAAGUAAUACAAUGUACAAUUUAGCACUUUGAAUCCAGAAUACCACCUGUUUUUCCUUGAUAUAGCACCAACAUUGUCUCUUCCAAUAGGUCACAACUAACUCACUGAAUAGAUGUCAAACUUUAAGUGUUUGUUUUGUGUUUUUUUUAUUCCGCACCGAUAUUGUUACAUUAGAUAAUAUUGUGCAGAAAGUUUCUAUUUUUUAUAAUUUAAAACUGGAUCCUAAUUUGAUUAAUUACUUUCUUUUAGCAGGCCUCUUGUGAGAUGUUAUUUCUAGCAUUAAUAACUUCUUAGAAUAAUAUCUUUUUUUUAACAGCAUGAAAAUAGAUGAUAAAUUACCAUUUUAAUUGACAAUUUAACAAUUAACAAAAGAUUUAAACAUCUGUUUAAAUAUGCAUAAACGCCAAUAAAAUUGGAUUUUUUUUCAAUGUUCCUUUCUCUGACAUGUAUUUUUCUGGUUGUCCACAUUUCACUAGUAACAUGCUAAAAUCUGUCUGUGAGUAUUUGUUUUGAAAUUCUAUUUCUCAACAUUUAAUUUUCACUAGUGUAUCACAUGGUUGACCCUAAUGCUAAAUGUCC